AUGUCGGCUUCGCCAGCGGAGGGAUCAGAUGCGUGGAAGGCCCAGGACAAGGGGCCAACCAUUGUCAUCGUCUGCUGGGUCGUCACGGCAAUCAGUACUAGCUUCGUUAUUGGUCGUAUUUAUGUGAGGGGGAAAAUUAUGAAGAAAUUCCAGAGCGACGACUGGUUCAUCAUCCUAGGGCAGUUCUGCGGUUAUAUCUCAACAGCCCUAUCUACGAUCGCGGUAACCUACGGUAACGGGAGACAUAUGUCACUCUUGUCGAUCGAGCAGCAGGAGGGCGCCAUCCUCUGGACAACAGCGGCCUUCUGCCCUGGCAUCAUGUCCUUUGGACUUCCUAAACUAGCCGUUGUCUCUUUGUUGGUGCGAUUGAUGAAUCCUGACAGAUAUCACAAGUGGUUCUUAUGGUGGAUGGGAAUUUGGUGUCAAUUGACGUUGUUCGUGACGGCCGGUCUCCUCCUCGGGCGUUGUACUCCGGCCAGGUCGUUGUGGGAUUUUUCCGUGAAGGGAACAUGCUUUGACGUAAACAUCCUUGUGGCCUAUUGCAUUUACGCAGGAUCUUUCUCGGCUUUUGUCGAUGUUUAUCUUGCCGUAUAUCCGGCAGUAAUUCUCUUCGGUCUCCAAAUGGCCAUCAAGAAGAAGAUCGCGCUGUCUUGUGCGUUGGGUAUUGGUUCAAUUUCUGGAAUCGUUGCCAUCUACAAGACGACCCGUAUACCAUCUCUCGGAAGCAAAGAUUUCUCAUACGAUACAUCUGACCUGGUGAUCUGGACAGUCGUCGAGGGCAGCACCAUCAUCAUCGCAAGCUCAAUACCGGUCAUGCAGCCCCUUCUCGAGCUCAUCCUCAGGCGCAAUCCCUUCAGCUCGGCCAAGGACUCCAAGCAAACACCUCAAUACUACGAGGACUACAGCUCCCAUAGCAAGUCAAGGUCGCGCGGCGGCGGCAAUAUUGAGCUUGGACAGCGUAAACCAAAGGUGAAGCCCAAAGAUGACUUGGGUCUUACUAUCGUCGAGGGCGAUAGUCAGGAGAAUAUUCUCACGCCGACGACCGACUCGAACCAAGACAUAUCUGCUUCAUCAGAAGCUCCAAACCUCACAUCUGCCCAAAGCGACGCGAAUCAACGCCCAGCUGACGGAAAGAUCAUACGGACUGACUUUGUGAGCAUCACAUACGAGCAACAAGGACCGAUCCACGACACCUCGGCUUCGAGCCGAUGGAAAGCUAUUUGA